AUGCCCGGCCGCCGCCAGGAAUCCGCUCCCACCGGCUCCUUCGGCGUCACUGCUGCUCGCUCCGGCUCGCCCAUUCACUUUCUGCCUCUGACCGCUGCCGGCUCGCACUUCUAUCUCGGCGGCAAGAGCCAGACCUAUAUUCCCGAGGGUGUCCCUCUCAGCAAGUCGACCAACGACACCAUCCUGACUGGCUCCCACUACCUUGACGUCGUUGUUCCCGGCGGCCAGGAGAUCUACGUCGAUGCUUCCGGUGCUCUUACACCCCCGGCAAGAGCGGCAGUCUCGGCACCUGGAGCUACGGCUCCGGCUUCAUUGCUUGCCCUACUGCUUCCAAUGCCACUGCCACCCCCUACAGCCGCCGCCUGGCAGGUCUUCUCUGCUCAGAAGAACGCCACCGUCCCCACUGGCAACAUCAACGACUGCCUCGGGUUCGACGCUCUCGCUGUUCCCAUCAACACUAACACCACCCAGCCCACCUGGGAGUACAUCUAA